GGGGCGCAAGGCGGGCGCCAUAUUGGAUGGGUCUCGCUGCGGCAGCACGCUGGUUACACCCUGGUCUCUGAAGAGAAGGUCCUGAGACUUGUAAGACACCUUGGGUUUUCCUACCCCUGCUUAUCCGCCAUGGAUCAAGAUUACGAAAGGCGCCUUCUCCGCCAGAUCAAUAUACAGAAUGAAAACAUGAUGCCUUCCGUUGCAGACAUGAGGAGAACUCUGACGCCUUCGAACUCCCCUGUCUCCUCCCCCAGUAAACAUGGCGACAGGUUCAUUCCCUCCCGAGCAGGGGCAAAUUGGAGCAUCAGCUUCCACAGGAUAAAUGAAAAUGAAAAGUCUCCAAGUCAAAACAGAAAAGCAAAAGAUGCCACCUCGGACAAUGGAAAAGAUGGACUAGCUUAUUCAGCCUUGCUAAAAAACGAGCUCUUGGGAGCUGGAAUUGAGAAAGUGCAAGACCCCCAGACAGAAGACAGGAGGCUGCAGCCCUCCACGCCCGAGAAGAAGAGCCUCUUCACAUACUCCCUCACUACGAAACGGUCCAGCCCAGAUGACGGCAACGAGGUCUCUCCAUAUUCUCUCUCCCCAGUCAGUAACAAAAGCCAAAAGUUGCUACGAUCCCCUCGAAAGCCAACGAGGAAGAUCUCGAAGAUCCCCUUUAAAGUUCUGGAUGCCCCAGAACUGCAGGACGACUUUUACUUGAAUCUGGUGGACUGGUCGUCUCUCAAUGUCCUCAGUGUUGGCCUUGGAACCUGCGUCUACCUCUGGAGUGCCUGCACCAGCCAGGUGACUCGGCUCUGUGACCUUUCUGUCGAAGGCGAUUCCGUUACCUCCGUGGGAUGGUCGGAACGGGGUAAUUUGGUUGCGGUCGGGACCCACAAAGGUUUUGUACAGAUUUGGGAUGCCGCAGCAGGAAAGAAGCUGUCUAUGCUGGAGGGUCAUACGGCUAGAGUGGGUGCUCUGGCAUGGAAUGCAGACCAGCUAUCUUCUGGCAGUCGGGACCGGAUGAUCCUCCAGAGAGACAUCCGAACUCCUCCCUUGCAGUCUGAGCGGCGUCUCCAAGGUCACCGGCAGGAAGUGUGUGGGCUGAAAUGGUCGACAGACCACCAGCUCCUGGCAUCUGGCGGGAACGACAACAAGCUCCUCGUCUGGAAUCACUCCAGCCUCAGCCCCGUCCAACAAUACACGGAGCACCUGGCGGCAGUCAAAGCCAUCGCUUGGUCCCCCCACCAGCACGGGCUGCUGGCCUCAGGGGGCGGGACGGCGGACCGCUGCAUACGUUUCUGGAACACGUUAACCGGGCAGCCCCUGCAGUGCAUUGACACUGGGUCGCAGGUGUGCAACCUGGCCUGGUCGAAGCAUGCCAACGAGCUGGUGAGCACGCACGGAUACUCACAGAACCAGAUCCUGGUCUGGAAAUACCCAUCCUUGACUCAGGUGGCAAAACUCACCGGGCAUUCGUACAGAGUCCUCUACCUGGCAAUGUCACCUGACGGGGAGGCCAUUGUAACCGGAGCAGGGGAUGAGACGCUGAGGUUUUGGAAUGUCUUCAGCAAAACUCGCUCCACCAAGGAGUCUGUCUCAGUCCUUAACCUCUUCACCCGGAUACGGUAAAACCCGCCACGAGGCUGCGUUUUGGGUUCGAGAACCACUAACCUCCGUGCAUGGAACUUGAGGCUAUGAUUUGGGGAACUGGGGUGGGCGAAUGGGGGCACUACAUGUCAAUCUGUUCAGAGGAGUCUCAGAGAUCCUUAUUAAAUAUCCAAGUAUGAAUGCUACUGGACAUUAUUUAGGGAGUGGGGUGGGUGGGAUGGAAGCUGCCAAACGGUUCUACUCUCGUCCGUCAGGCCAGGGAACAAGGGGUGAGGGGAGGUUUUCAACGAGAGGAAAGUGUCUGAUAUUAUAUUUGUGUGUGUGUGUGUGUGUGUGUGUGAGAGAGAGAGAGAGAGAGAGAGAGAGAGAGAAGGGGGGAGUGUCUAUAUGUUUGAGUGUAUGCAUACUGGGUCAGUAAAAAUGACAGUACUGGAUUGUUUCAGUCCAUGAAGAGGAGGGAGAAGAAGAAAAAAAUAUAUACAAUGUAGAAAUGUCGCUUGUGUGAAUAAGCCAGAGCUGACUGAGACAUUGGUGUUCUGCUAAUACUUUCCCUCUUUGACUCCAAGCACAGCUUGACUGGGGCGUCGAUAACCUCCUUGUAGCAGCAAGAGCAAAAGAAUUAUUUUAUUUAAGCCUGCACUCCCCAACCUGGUGCCCUCUAGUUAUGUCGGAUAUCAUUGCCAGCCAGGAGGCCCAUCGGGCAUGGUGGGUGGGGAUUAUGGAAGCUGUCAUCCGACACAUCUGGAGGACGCUGGGUCGGGUGUGUGUGUGUGUGACUGAUUUAAUUCUUCGGCCUUUGUGGGGAAGUGGAGCAGAAAUGAAGGAAGCUUCUUGUCCUCAGACAGUUAGGCAUUUAAGAUUUUUGUGCUGGGCCUGCUCGUGGGGAAAGUCCUGUUAAUUUGGGUGGGAUUUCCUUCUAAGUCAGUGAGGGUCACAGACAGGAAAAGUUUUUUUUUAAAAAAAGGAGAGCUACACCCUCCCCUGCCUCCAGGAGUCAAGCGCCCUGGCAAACUAUGGUUUGUCCAAACUAAGAAGCCUGGGAUAAAAUUGAGAGUAUAGGGAGGGAUACUCAGUUUUGCUGGCCAAGCAAUGGUUCAGCCCUUAUGAGCCGUGUAUUUUCAUUCUUGGUGUGUUUGGUCUUGGAAAAGGGGGGUGUAACGAAUGGCUACAGAAGGUCUUCUUUCAUUUAAAGAGCUUUAGUUAGAUCCAGAGUGGAUUUUUUUUUAAAGUUCUUUUUUAUUUUGCGGAAGAGGAUAGAGUGCACCCUGUUCUGUUGAACGCCAUGUGAAUGAGAGAGAAAGAGAGUGAGAGAGAGAGAGAGAAUAAAGCACUUACGUUCUGUGUGUUGCUUUUACAAUUUAAGCGCUCUUUCUGCAGCCAAUCUCAGUCUGAUUUGUAUGCAAAUGGUCGCCCCAGCUGUAUGCUUUUUUGCUUUGUGUGUGUGUGUGUGUGUGUGUGUGUUGCUGUUGUCUUGGGAAUAGACCAAGACAACCUUAUGGCUCUUUACAGGCAUGUGGGAAUAGACCUUUUGUCUUGUGGUGCAUUGGGUGCGGGCUAGCCUUCCCCAACCUAUUGUCCUCCAGAUCUUUUAACUACAUGGCCCAUGCUGGCUGAGGAAAACGGAACUUGUAGCCCAACACAUCUGUAGGACGCCAGGUUGGGAGACGCUGGUGACCAUCUCCCGGUGCUGUUAGGUGAAGGGUAGGCAAUUUGUGGGCCUCUAGAGGUUUUCGCUUACAACUUCCAACAGCCCUAGCCAACAUAGCCAAUGGUGAGGGAAAAUGUGAGUUGUAGGACCAACAUCUGGACUGCCAUUAGUUGCAUAGUCUGUGUAUGCACGUAUUGCACUGAGACGAACACUCUUGGCAGGAAGCACUCCAUAAAACGGAGAUUGUGGCCUUGGAAAUGAUUUUUCCGUUCUCCCCAAGUCCCUUUCUGCUUUUAAAACCCCCAGGUGUUUUCAUCUCAGGGCAGGGGGGACAGUUGGGGGAAUGGCCUUGCCAGGAGCUGCCAGCAGCGUCCGCCUGACGCGAUGCUCAACCAGCACGUUCCAGGAAGAGCCGUCGACUGCCUGCCUCCAAGCCUAAGGAGUCUCUGACCUGGUUCAGAUGUAAUGAUAGCCCAUGGUUUAAACAACCCAUGGGUUAUCAUGCACGAACAGGAGUGUGGCUGAUGCCUCCUGCACGCCUGCCACUUCCGCUUUUAUUCAGUAACCCAUGAUCGACCCUUUGUUAGAUGGUUGUCCGUGACAUGUGAACCCAGACUGGUGGAUUAGUUAGAGGCUAAACAAACCGAUGAACCCAUGUUUUGUUGUUGAGUUAACUGCUGGGUUGUUUCGCCCCUAAACAACCCAUCCAUACAAUUUUGUGCAUCACACUCAACCUACGAAUGGGCUGAUCGUAGCUUGCUGAUUAACACCAGAAGUGGACGGCGCAUUGCAGCAGCCAGCACACACUUUCCUGCCCAUACCUGCCCACGCCCCCCAUGGGUUGUUUAACCCAUGGGCUCACGCGCAAAAGUGCCCUAACGGUGUCUUGCCUCUACUUCCAUUGAGAGUUACCAGCUUGAGAUCGUGUCUCCGGCAAAAGAAAGAAGAAAAGUUAUUUAAAUCGCCCUUUCCUGCUUUGCUGUGGUUGGGGUGUGUGUGUGUGUUUAUAAGGAGGCAGUUGGAGGCCUCCAAAUAAGUAUUCCGUGUGUGUGCGUUGCGUGUGUGUGUGUUUUGUCUCCCCAAUUCUGCUGUGGGUGACAGUACAAGAGCGUGUGUCGAAACAACGAAACAAGGAAGAAGAUGCUGAUGAUGGCGUGACGUUGCAAGUUUGUACUUUCGAUACACCUUACUUUCCGGCCAGAUGUUUAUAAAAAAAAAUCUAAGAAUAUUCGCAUUGUGAUUUCUUUUUUUGUGCAGGGCGGGGAGGUGCGUGUGUGUGUGUGUGUGUGUUUUGUGUGUGUGUGUGUGACAUUCUUCUACACGCAGUGCAUUUUCCAAGGAGGCGGGAGAGGAGAGGAGGGGUAUGAUACGAAAAAAAAAAAACCCUUGCAACUUGAUCU